AUGAAGAACAAGAAAUUCGAUUAUCGCUUAUAUAUGAAGCCAAUGAUAUCCAAGGCAGGGCAUUUAAUUUCAAAAAGAAAUGAUUUUCUGAAGCGUGUACUCAAUAGUGAUCAAUCAAUCCUCGAAGAAAAUGCUGAAGAAACUAGUGAAAUUGAAGAAGAAAGGGUCCCAACCCCUAUUGAAACAAAAAUACAAAGAGCGAUUGAAGAAAAUAAUAAAGCAGCAAGAAAACACAAAAAAUCAAAAAAUGAUGGGACUUCUUCAUUUAAAGUCAAAAUGAGAAGUUUAAAUGUGACAGAUUCGCCGCCACCUGGGAGAUAUACACCUCAAUAUGAGUAUUUAUUGAAGCAUUCUCCAAGAGUGGUAUUUGGGAAAGCUAAGUUAUCAAGAGGAGAGAAAUGGAGAGAUAGAAGGCCAGAAAGCUGUGAUGUUACAAAUUUAAGUGAGUCUUUUGAUAUAGAUAAAAAGAAAGUCAAAGGAUAUACGUUUGGAAAAGAGCCUAGAACCAAAAAUAUUGUUGAGGAUGCAAGAGAAUUUCUAAGGCAUGAUCUUCUCAAUAUUUCUAGCAGAUCCCAUAUGGCUCAUAAAUUUGAAUCUUAUCCUGAAAGAAAACCAUGAUAUAGGCUAAAUGAGUAUUUGCCUGAUUAUACACCAAAAAUUUCUUUUGUAUCAAAGCAUAUUCCAGCUGUUAAACUGAAUUAA